GAGCUCGAGACCCGAGAAUCUGGAUCUUCGAUGCCUUCCAGAAACUUUUUUUUCACAUUGGAACACGCAUUGAUGAUGUACAACGCAUUUUACAGCUUCUGGUCCGGGACAUCCAUGCCUGGGCUCGUCAUCGAAAUGAUUAUUCGAGGGAUUCUCUGAAAAGAAAGUGCGUCGUAUAGUGGUAAUGUUAACACAAGCACCACUGUAUCGCUCUCUACAACAAUUCGCUGACUUUGCCCCCUUUUUGACCUUUCGUAUCACUCUGCUAGAUGACACUGAAAUUGAUGACCAAAUGCGGGCGGCGAAAGCGAGCGUAGAAAGGCACGAGAGGAUAUGGGACGAAUCUGAGGGCAUAUUCCGUCGCUUGCGACAGCGGAUCAGGGUACUUCGUCGGGUGCCUCAGGCUGCAACGAAGAGAAACCACAUUUCCAUGCCGCCCCUAGUCCCGAAAUUCAAAGUCCGACAACGUACGGAACGCCAAACUGCACGAAAAAACCCCACCAAUUUGUCCACCGAGGUGACAAAAGAGGUGAGCGAUAGCCUUAUGAAGCCCCUCAUUGAGGAAUGGGCACCCCGUGAUCCACUGCCCCCAGCUGCAUCCACUACUUCGGCGACCAAACUACUGGAACAAGGUCCAAGUUGUGCGCAGCUUCCUAUUCGUAGCAUCGCGCGCCGUAGUCGGACUGGGGCUACGGAAACAGCAUGGACGGCUUCGCCAACAAAAUUAUCACGGAAGAGAAAGGGGAGUCUCACGCCGCCCCUUAUUCGCAAAUACGAACCCAAAGAUAUGCGUGUCCACGAUCAAAAAUCAUCAAAACCGCCUCUAGUUCGCAAAUAAGAACUCUAGAUUAUGCGUGUUCGCUAUUGUUAUCACAACAUUCAUAGCCUAUGCUCUAUUCUCUACUUCGCCGACCAAAUUGCCGAACCAAGAUGAUGAAACUCGUAGUAAGCCCCAGGCUGCAAAACAAGAAUCUACAACAUUUUCAACCGAAUCGCCAAAGAACGCAGAAGUAUAAGUCCGCGCGGCGGCGAAAGCAUCAACAGCAUUACCAUUUGGUUCUGACGGAAAGGAGUCCUGUACAACAGCCAUUGAGGAGCCCUGCUUCUUGCCUGAAUCAUCA